CAGAGCGGUGGAGUGUGUGUAUGCCUCUGGAUCUAAUAUCACCUACCUGUCCUUGUCACUCUGAUAGUCAGCCGAGGUAGCCGCUGUUUACCACCGAUGCUAGAAUGGCACCACUCAAUGGCCUAAUUUAAAGCAUUUUACAGUUUAAACAGAAAGAAGGUUUCAUCUCAGCCGCAGGAGGAACUGCUCUGCUGUGCGUUUUUUGGAGAACUGAAGACAUUCCGCAGACGGACUUUCCGCCUCUCCUCGUUGUACUGAAGGGACUUACUCUGCUUUUGACAGCCAGCUUUGCGAUCUCUACCGAUGAACUCUAUGAGGGAUCCUUUAAACAUAGAACACCACCAUCUAACAGGGAAUAAACUUGCCUCCACGCACCACACGGCUCUGGCGAUGGCCUCUACUCUACAGCCGCUGCAGCGGUCUGUGGACUCUAAACACCGGUUAGAGGUGCACACGGUGUCGGACACGUCCAGUCCGGAGUCUAUCGAAAAAGAAAAGAACAACAAUAAAAACGACGACUCUUCAGAUGAUCCUUCUAAAAAGAAGCGGCAGCGGCGGCAGAGGACUCACUUCACCAGCCAGCAGCUGCAGGAACUGGAGGCCACUUUCCAGCGGAAUCGCUAUCCGGACAUGAGCACGAGGGAGGAGAUAGCCGUGUGGACCAACCUCACAGAGGCCCGGGUCAGGGUUUGGUUCAAGAACCGUCGAGCCAAGUGGAGGAAACGGGAAAGGAACCAACAAGCCGAGCUCUGCAAAAACGGCUUCGGCCCGCAGUUCAAUGGACUCAUGCAGCCCUAUGAAGACAUGUACCCCAGCUACACGUACAACAACUGGGCUGCCAAGGGCCUCACGUCGGCCUCUCUAUCCACCAAAAGCUUCCCCUUCUUCAACUCCAUGAAUGUCAACCCCUUGUCCUCGCAGACCAUGUUCUCGCCUCCCAACUCCAUAUCCUCCAUGACUUCCAGCAUGGUGCCAUCGGCGGUCACGGGAGUGCCGGGCUCCAGCCUCAACAGCCUCAAUAACUUGAACAACCUCAGUAACCCGUCCCUCAACUCGGGGGUGCCCUCCACGGCGUGCCCCUACGCGCCUCCGACCCCUCCAUAUGUGUACAGAGACACUUGUAACUCCAGCUUGGCCAGCCUGAGACUGAAAGCCAAGCAGCACUCGAGUUUUGGAUACGCCAGUGUGCAGAAUCCGGCCACUAAUCUGAGUGCUUGCCAGUACGCCGUGGACAGACCAGUCUAAUACCUACCUGCACUGCAAAAAAUAACCACCACAGCAAGUCAUUAUAGGCGAGUAGUGACGCUUAAAGUGUGAUUUUUCUCUGAAGGGAGAGAGGAAAUCUGGCAGUCAGAUAAUUAUACUUUUUUCAGGAAAUUUCCUGAUUAUAUGGCAUUUUCAGAUUCUGACAUUUUUUCCUCAAGAUUUUGCCACUUUUUCAACAAGUGAGAUUAUUCCAUCUAUUUCUGGGAGAAAACAUGUGAUUUUGAGGGUGAUUACAACACCACAAUGGCUUGUUAGGGUGGUCAUUUUUUGCAGUGUGUGGGUAAUGAAAAACAGCCGGCCACAGGAACAAGAGACUACUACAACUACUUUUUCAUUUUUCAAAAAGGGCACUAGAAGACUGAACCACUGAAACAAGCUCAACUCCAGGUCGGAGUCAAAACUGAAACGGGAGAUUUUAGGUUUAUUCCCCUUUUUGAUGAGUCCAGGCCUGCUUCAUACUGCGCCACAGUUUAAAAAAAGGCCUGUUUUAUUUUUCAUAGCUCGUCAUGAGGGUUUUUUUUUCAAUGGUGGGUUUUUGGACGUUAAUUGUUGACUGAAAAGGUUGUAUAUAUAUUUGAACUAUCAUCUCCUGUUUGUUGAGGCGAAUGCGCUAUAACCCUCCAGUCCUCUCCAGGUUCAAUUUAUCAACGCAUGUGGAAGAAAA